AUGGCGCGUAAUCGGGAGGGUUUGGUUUUGUUGCUCGAUGUAGGCCCUGCGAUGCAUAGUAUACUCGAUGAUGUUGAAAAGACUUGUUCAUUGCUUCUGCAAAAGAAGUUGAUUUACAACAAGUUUGAUGAAGUCGGAAUUGUUGCCUUUGGAACUGAAGCAACCGAUAACGAGCUUGCUAGAGACAUACAGGUGGAUAUGAGAACGUCACCGUUUUAA